AUGGAAUCCGUCGAGCACUUUACAAAGUCCGAUGCGGGAAGUGCCCCGGAGCUAGUGAGUGCAGGGCCUAGAAAGCGCUGCGCCAGGCCUCCGCCCCACGCGCCUUUCCGCGGCACUGCCACUCUGGCCGUCAUGUGGGCGACCGGGCGCUCUGCUGAAGCGCGCAGCAACCUGUCGAGCGCAGCGGAGGACUGCGGCUCGGUGUCUGUGGCCUUCCCCAUCACCAUGAUGGUUACCGGCUUCGUGGGCAACGCGCUGGCUAUGCUGCUUGUAUCGCGCAGCUACCGGCGCCGUGAGAGCAAGCGCAAGAAGUCUUUCUUACUGUGCAUUGGAUGGCUGGCCCUUACUGACAUGGUGGGGCAGCUCUUGACCAGCCCGGUGGUCAUCCUCGUGUACCUGUCGCAGCGGCGCUGGGAGCAGCUCGACCCAUCGGGGAGCCUAUGCACCUUCUUCGGACUGGCCAUGACUGUGUUCGGGCUGUCCUCGCUCCUGGUGGCCAGUGCCAUGGCCGUGGAGCGCGCGCUGGCCAUUCGCGCGCCGCACUGGUACGCUAGCCACAUGAAGACUCGCGCCACGCGCGCUGUGCUGCUAGGUGUGUGGCUGGCAGUGCUUGCUUUUGCAUUGCUGCCGGUGCUGGGGGUGGGCCGCUACAGCGUGCAGUGGCCUGGCACGUGGUGCUUCAUCAGCACCGGGCCCGCGGGCAAUGAGACCGACCCUGAGCGUGAGCCGGGCAGCGUGGCCUUUGCCUCCGCCUUCGCCUGCCUGGGGCUGCUGGCUCUGGUGGUCACCUUUGCCUGCAACCUGGCUACCAUCAAAGCCCUAGUGUCCCGCUGCCGGGCCAAGGCUGCCGCCUCUCAGUCUAGUGCCCAGUGGGGUCGUAUCACCACCGAGACGGCCAUCCAGCUCAUGGGGAUCAUGUGUGUGCUGUCUGUCUGCUGGUCUCCGCUAUUGAUAAUGAUGUUGAAAAUGAUCUUCAAUCAGACAUCCGUUGAACAAUGCAAAACACAGAUGGGAAAGGAGAAGGAGUGCAACUCCUUCCUGAUUGCAGUUCGCCUGGCUUCGCUGAACCAGAUCUUGGACCCCUGGGUUUAUCUGCUGCUAAGAAAGAUCCUUCUUCGGAAGUUCUGUCAGAUCAGGCACCACUCCAACUAUGCUUCCAGCUCCACCUCCCUGCCCUGCCCAGGCUCCUCAGCUCUGAUGUGGAAUGACCAACUGGAAAGGUGA